AUGACGAUGGAUGACCAGCCUCCAAACCAAUCGAGGGAAGGACCUACAUCGCAAAAGGAACUUCCGACUCAACUUCUCCGUCCUGACGAUUCCCCUAUUGCCGUCCCGAAGGCGGCUUCCGUCACAGAUUCGGCUUCGACCUUGAAAACCUUGAAAGUCGGGUCCACUGGCCCUGCCAAGGUUGCCAUCCCUCGUUCGCGAUCCGGUAUCGCCCCUCGAUAUGGCCGCCGCGUUCCCCGGGCUUGCGAAUCAUGCAGAUCGCGCAAAACGAAGUGUAGUGGUGAUACACCAGUUUGUCGACAAUGUCGUGAACUGCGCAUUUCGUGCCAGUACCCCGUCGGGUGGAAGGAAAAGACAAAAAGACAAGUCGAAUCGCUCUCCGAGAAAGCGGUCGAUUAUGAAAAUUUACUGAAGGAUCUAGGGAUGUUGGUCGAGACUAAGACUGCAGAUCGUAUCCGAAGCUUGCUGGACAAGUAUGGUAACAACGAAAACGAGUCGUCUUCAAACGCUAGCGCACCAUCCCAUUCAGUUACCCCACAGGACGAAAAUGGGGACGCCGACGAUCUUAGUUCACCCUCAUCUAUUGGCUCACUUGAGGCCAUUGACCGCGUAGAGGAGGAUUUGAACCGGACCGAACAAUCACGAGCUACCGGGUUUAUGAGCAAAAGUUCAGAGGUCACUUGGAUGCAACGACUUCAGCGCGAGGCGGAAAAUCGUUCCAGGGGACUGGCAGGUUCAUUGGAGCCAGGACAAAGCAAACGACAAGACGAUGAUCUCGCCCUUCAUGCUGUGAGCUACCACUUAGACGACAUUGACGUUUCUGUUCCUGAAUCGGUGGAUAUCUACGCUAUGCCAUCCCGGGACCUGGCCGAUAAACUCUUUGACGACUAUCUCCGUACCGUGCAUCCCUUCUUCCCUAUGAUCAAUCGCCCUCUCUUCAGUGCUCAAUAUCGAACUUUCUUCGACAGUUCUGCCCGACCUGGGGAUAAAUGGCUCGCUAUACUGAACAUGAUAUUUGCUAUCGCUGCCCAGCAUGCCCAUCUAAUUCAAGCGCCAUGGCAAGGGGAUGACAAAGACCAUUUGGUGUACUUGACUCGAGCCAGGAUUCUCAGUAUGAAUGGAGAUGUCUUGUUUAGCCAUCCCGAUCUUCAGCAGGUUCAAGUGGAGGGUCUUAUUGCAUUCUAUCUCCUUUCAUCAGAUCAGAUCAAUCGAGCGUGGAGAAUUUCCGCGUUGGCGGUGCGAUCUGCCAUUACUCUUGGCAUCAACAUGAAGAGUACCAGUCCAACAACCCCAAAUAUCUCCAAAGAGGCCCGAUACCGAGUUUGGUGGUGCUUGUACACCUUCGAGCACAUGUUAGGCAUCAUGACAGGUCGGGCUACCUGUAUCUUGGAUGGAAUUUGCACCACACCUCUACCCCUUCCUUUCACAGAGGAACAAUUACAGGAACCCGAAGCAGCUGAAUUACUCAACAACUCUCAUCUUCGCGAUGACCGAAUCAACAAGGUAAUGGCCAGUGUAUGGGUUCGUCAUAUGCCACUCAACCCAAACGGCGGCAAAGAGGCCACCCACAAGUCUCGCGAGCGUGACAAUUUGUGGGUGAAGGGCUUAGCUUUCAAUUUCGGCCUUUGUCAUCUCUACUACUGUGAUUUGGCAGUCGUCACCCAGGAAAUUGUAAACAAGGUGUAUUCGACAGACUGUGUGAUGGUGCCUUGGGCGCAUAUUGAGAAUCGCAUCGGUGAACUUCGGUCUCGAAUUGACCUGUGGUUGACAGGUAUCCCAUCUAGUCUUGAUUUCACUCAGAAAACUGAUGAUGGACCUGAACAACUCCGUAGCAAGCUCGCCCUGGCCUUUCACUUUUAUAGUGCGCGGAUCACACUGGGCCGCCCAUGCCUAUGCCGACGAGAUGCUCAAAAGAAAGAUCCAGCAGAAAAGUCAUCUUUUAGCCAUGAUAUGGCCAUGUUGACACUGAAUUCUGCAAUGCAAAUGUUGGACCUCAUCCCAGAUGAGCCAAGUGCCGUUCAGCUUUACGAGAUCGCUCCCUGGUGGUGUAUUCUCCAUUACCUCAUGCAGGCUGCAACCGUGUUACUAUUGGAACUGUCAUUUGGUAGUGUCCACAUGCCAGAAGGAGAGCAGCAAUUCAUAGCGCAGUCCAAGAAAUCUAUUCGAUGGCUCUACGCUAUGUCUGAACACAGCGUCGCCUCCCGACGAGCUUGGCAACUCUGCGACAUCUGCCUGCGCCGUCUCGCCUCUGGCAUGCACUUCGAUAUUUCCGACAUACCUUCAAACACCUACCAACCCGCACCCACAUCCACCCUUGAUUCCACGGAUGUCUCUCAGCCCGACAACUUCACAGGAACAGGCUCGCAAAACAUGUGGGGUCCCCACCUGGAAGACCUUUCAUUGACAAACCAGUUCAACCAGCCGUUCCAGUUGGGAGGUGAUCACUAUAAUUACCCAGCGUUCUCGGAUCUUCCGGACGCGGACCCCAUUAGCUCUGUUUCAGCAGAUGGGCAGAUCGUCGAUGAUCUGUACUUCCCCUACGAUCCCAUUAGUGGCGAGUUCAUCCGGUCUUUCUUCCCUCACAAUAACGAGGAUGAUCGCUGGGAGCAAAGCUGA